AUGCUUAUCCUUCCUGGGUGGGGAAAAUACACUUUCAAAACAGUAAUAAAUUUAUACAAACUGCUAUUUUCGACUUGGGAUCCUACUGUUGUUCCUUCCUUCUUUCUUUUACAGAUAGCUCUGCCUACAGAGAUCCUCGUCGACUCGACGUAA